AGACUUCCUCCUUCUUCCCCACUCUUCUCCGUUUCUGCUCCUAUUUAGGGUUUUAGGGUUCUCUCUCUCUCUCUCUCUCUCUCUUUCUCUCUCUCUCUCUCUGCGCGAGCGGAGCUAGGGCAAGAGCAAUGGACCGGUACCAGAGAGUGGAGAAGCCGAAGCCGGAGUCGCCGAUAAACGAAAACGAGAUCCGAAUCACCACUCAGGGCCUCAUCCGGAACUAUGUCAGCUACGCCACCACUCUCCUCCAGGAAAAACACGUGAGAGAGAUUGUCUUGAAAGCAAUGGGUCAAGCAAUCAGUAAAACAGUGGCAAUUGCAGAGAUCAUAAAGAAGAGAAUUCCGUUGCAUCAGGAUACUGCCAUCAGUUCAGUCAGCAUAACUGAUGUUUGGGAACCUAUAGAAGAGGGACUUGUACCUGUGGAAAUGACCAGGCAUGUUUCAAUGAUCUCAGUCACCUUGUCCACGAGGGAUAUUGACAAAGACUCUCCAGGGUACCAAGCUCCUGUUAAUGUGGAACAACCCAAGCAGCAAUAUUACCAGCAGCAGCAGCAGCAGCAACCUCGACAGGCACGUGCCCCCUACAACUCGUAUAACGAAGAAUCGUACGGUCGAGGGAGAGGGGGGCGUGGGAGAGGGAGAGGACGGAGCUGGAGGGGAGGAUAUGGGAACUAUCAAGGUGGUGGGAACUACGAAGAUGGAAACUACCGUGGGGGGAACUACGAAGGUGUAAACUACCAUGGCGGGAACUACGAAGGUGGAAACUACCGUGGCGGGAACUACGAAGGUGGAAACUACCGUGGCAGGAACUACGAAGGUGGGAGCUAUCGUGGCAGGAACUAUGAAGGCGGUGGUGGGAACUAUGAAAGUGGAAACUACCGAGGCAGAAAUUAUGAAGGUGGAAACUAUCGGGGUGGAAAUUACCAGGGAGGAAACUACCAAGGUGGAAAUUAUCAAGAUACAAAUUAUAAUGGUGGGUAUUCCAACCGGGGCCGAGGAGGAGGGAGAGGCAGAGGAUGGGGCUAUGGUGGAGCUGGAUAUGAGAGGGGGAGAGGAGGUGGCAGAGGCUACGGCCGCGGUCGUGGAAGGAUGGGUGGCCGCUCAAGGGGUGGCGGCCGUGGUGGUGAUCAGGCUUAGUCGGGUACCACCUUCUGUCUCCGCCAUUCUGUUUCGAGCUGAGCACUUGCCUUGGGUCUCAACGAAUUAAGAGAACUAUCAUCUUUUACUGCAAAAAAAAAUAGUCAUCUACUACUGUUGGGAGGGGAAUGAAUGCACGAUGGAAGUGGUUUUGUUAUGGUGAUGGUCUUAUCUGUUGGUUUUUCCUUAGCAGUUAGGUUUUCUCUCUUGUAGGCCUAAAGUUCGAUUAUAUUGAGGUUGUGGGCAGAACGGCUUGGUACUGUGUCGUUCUCUUUGGUUCUUAUUAUGGUCGUAAAGCCAAGUGCAAGUGGUCAGGUCAGGUCGGGUCAGGUCAGUUUGAUGUUUAUUCCAUCUGGUCCCCCAAAGUUUGAAAUACUCUCUUGUAUCUAAUUUUUUUUUUUUUCCAAUAGGCUCUAUUUCUUAUAUUUCUUUA